CUUUGGUAUUGUGGCCAGCCAUGACGGACUACGCCUUUAGAAAGCUGGGUGACCCCUUAGAGAUCGCGGACAUUGCGUAGUGAGAAACUCCUGUCGAGUACAUUUUGAUCAAGGUCGUGAAACAACCAAGUCCUUAGUCAAUUUGGGGAUAGUUAUCUGAGCCGAGGACACAAUACGAAGAAGCCCAAUCGAUAGGAAGACGCUGAAAGGCACGUACUAUAACUUGACAAGGAACAGGCCAGCUGAGUGACGAAAUGUCAAAGGUCACGAGUCGUACUGUCGUAGUUGGAAGCAGCAGUACAGAUGCCGGAAUCGUUGCCGGGGACGAGGAUUUUACAUCCGCAUUCUUAAAAAACUUCAAAUUCAAAGGCAGCGUCCGUAUUUACUCAUUUCAGGGUGACGAGAAUGUCGAUGACCAACCAAAAUAUCGUACAUUUUCACCAGACGAAAUAUUUAUUCCAACCACUGAACAAAAAGAAGAAACAGUUACAGAAGUCAACAAUCAAGCAAAAAAUGACGACCAAAAAUUGCAAAUCAAGAAAGAGAGUCGUUUCAAGAAAAAGAAGGAAAUUGAGGUAGAUAAAAGUAAAGCAAAAGAAAGGGAAAAGGAAGAGAAGUCAAAAGAGAAGGCGAAAAGAGCCAAAUUAAAGGCAGAGGAGAAAAAUAAGAAACGUGAGGAAAAGAAAAGUACUCAGGCGGCUACGUCGGCUGUUAUUGUGAAAAAAGAUACCAAAGAAGAGACACAAAUAAAAGAGAAUGAUACAGUGUUAGUGAACGGCACUCAGGUUGGGUUGGAGGUACGAAAUAAUGAAGUUAAUAUCACAGUUUUGGGUGCGGAUGUUGACGUAACGUUAGCAACAGUUACAGAUGACAAGGAAAAAAAUGUACGGGAAGAAAAAUUGGAAAACAAAGAGAUUGAGAAUCGGCACGGAGAUGAAAAGGAUAUCGACACGUCAGUCGCAUUGCCAGUUGUGACAGAGCGGGCAAAACAUGUCGAGGAGGAGGAGAUAAAAAAAGAAGUUCAGAAAGAAGUUGAACAACGUAAAUACACUCCUCAUAACGAAGUGAAGGCGAAAGAAGUCAUUAUUAUUGAAAAAGAUCCGGUUAAAAUGGAGAAUGUGACGAAUAUUCUACAAAUAAAAGAAGGAAACGCCGUUAAUAGAGAAAAGAAAGUUGUUCCGAUGCCGGAACCGGAAGUUGAAAUUCAAGAGGAAAAAGAUGGGGAAAUAGACAUGGUUGCAAAAGCGAAUUUGAAGGAGGAGGUAUUCGUUAAAGACGACAUUGAUAUAACUGUUAAAAUUCCAGAAGUCAUUAUCGAAGUGAAAGAGAACAAAAAUGAUAACAUUACAUCAGUUUCAAAAUCUGAAAAUGUAAAUGUCACAAAAGAUGUAGAGAAAGUUAUUGUGGUGCCGGAAAUUGAAAACCGCGAAGUCAGUAUCGAAAAUAAAGUUGUUGUUACAGAAUCGGGGGUCAGCAAAGUCACAGAAAUUGAAGAGAAAAGUGUUAUCGUUCCUCCAACAAUCAGCGAAGAGGCUGCAAACAAGCCAGAUGUUGUACCGGAAGUUAUUAUUCCGUGCCCAAUAAAGCAUGAAAUGGAGAAGAUUGAACUUCCGGCGGAAGAAAAACCUAGGCAUAUAGAGGUGCAGGUACAAAUAAACAACACAGGCGAAGAAAGGCGUCACGGCGGAAAUAUGUAUGUGAAAAAGAAGGAGAUGGCGACGAAACAACAAAAGAAUCUUCAUAGCAACAAGGAAACCAUGGAAGUUAUUACUGUGGUUGAUUCAUCCGAAACAAAUGGCCACGCAAAACCACCUGUUAACCACCAACAGUCACAGCGCCCGCACACGAAGUCAGGGCAACACGACGUGCGCCCGCAACAGUCAGGAGUGGUUUUAACCGAGCAGAUGGUGCGACAAAUGCAGCAACAAAGAGUUGCCGACGGAAGCGUGUCUAGUCGGGCAUCUAGUGCAGUUGCUGUUCCCCGUAGUAUGAUCAGAGGGAGAACAUGGAGCGCUGCUAGUGUGGCAUCAACUCAACAAGUAUUACAAAACGUCGCUGCUAACGGAUCUGCUAACGGAUCACCUGUGGGUGCCAAAAAAUCGAAGCACAUGGGUAAGGCUGAAUUAAUUUUCGAGUUCGGCAGGAAAGGGACUCGUUUGGGGAGACUGAGGCGACCUCAUGGAAUAUCUGUUUCAUCAGCCAGUGACAUUGUGAUAUGUGAUGCCGGUAACCACCGCGUUCAGAUAUUUGGAUGGGACUGUAAAUAUAAGGCAAAAUGGAGUCCCGAUGGGCUAGGAAGAAGGCUUUUCUCUCGUGACCGGUUCGAUCCUGGCGAUGUGGCCGUUACCCCUGACAACAAGCAUUUUAUAGUGAGUGAUUUCACCACAGAAAAACUCUAUAAAGUUACUAUGGGUGGUAAACUUGUCAAAGAAUUUGGGGAGAGUGGACUGAAAGGCCCAUGGGGCGUGGCAAUAAACAGUAAAGGCAUCAUAUACGUAUCCUAUUGUAUGUCCAACUGUUUGGCACUCUAUGAUGAAAACGGAAAAUGUAUAGGGAGAAUUGGUCGCCAUGGCACCGGUCCUUCCGAAUUUCGAUACCCAUGCUAUAUCGCCAUCAACCAACGGGACGCCGUCGUGGUGGCGGAAUACCACGGCCGACGUGUACAAGUGCUUAACCCCGAAGGAAAGUUCCUAUUUCAGAUCGGCAGUACGCAACAUUUUCGAGAAAUCAGUGGCGUCGCCGUAGAUUCUUACAACAACGUAUUCGUGGCUGACUACAAGUGUAAUCGCGUUGUAAUGUACGGCAACGACGGCGUCCACAAAAUGUGUAUCGGCGACGAAGAAGAUCGCAUCGAGCGACCCGAAGGUGUUUCGAUAUCGCCCGAAGGUUACAUCGUAGUCUCCGACAGCGGUAACAACAACAUAAAGAUUUUCCGAUACUGGGAUGUCAGGCAUUUGCUGGACUAAGGACUAAACGCGGGUGUACCCCCAGUUACCAAAACCAAUGGCGUAUUAAAUUAAACACAAUCGUCAAUAUAUUUAACAAUUGAACAGACUAAUAAUCCAACUCGAUACCAUAUUUGUUGUCUGGCAUUGGUCACGUGUUAAUGAAACAACACAACGCAGUAUUUAACUGUGUGCUAAUGUAUAUAUAUAUGAAUAUAAACUAUGACGCUUUCUACUUCAGUAUAUUAUAUUCAUAAUGUAAUGCAAGUUUUUAUUAUUUUUGUGCGUCUGGAGCCGCGAGUUUCUUACAAAACCCUAUAUCGUUGCGUUUUAAUACGAUGCUGCUUUCAAUUCAAAACAACCAUAUCAUUGAAGCGUAAUAUCGCGUGGGAGAUUAAUUGUAGGAGCCGAGCAUAUACCACAUGUUACCGCGCACCAUGUGUGCUGAGAGCGCUACCAAUUAUGCUGGGCGGUAGGUGAUAAAACAGACAGUGCUAUCUACUCGCUGGUUUACAAGCCAGUAGUCUCUCCCUGUCGAGCUUUUAAAUUUUAAGCCAUAUUGUGUCCAUUGUAACAUCUCAUUUUUUAAACUCUGUCAGGAAAGGUCACCGCUCAAUAUACUGGUAUGCAAAUUCCCUGUUAAGUCAUACGUUGAUAACGUUCAUCGGAGAGCGGCAUUAAGGCUUCACUAAUUAUUCAGCUGAUCUAUAUGUAAAGCUGAAGUUCGAUUCUAAACAUUUUUAUUUUUUUAACUGUUUUAAAUUGUCUCCAAAGCAGGUUAAUGAAAUAUAUGUUUACUGUGUACGUGUAAAGUUAAUUUCGGACCGCGUUAUACUGUGGAGGUCACAUGAGGUCACAUCAGAGGGAAUUACCCGCAUCAUAACACAUUCCCUGGUAUUGUACAGAUAAGAAUGGGUUAAAUUGGGGAGUGUAAUUUGGAAGUUGUUUGCAGCAACACGGAUCGAUGACUACAACGUUUCAUAUCGGAUCCCGGCAUUGACCUCAUGUGCGUUGCGUCUCCUUUUUGGUCUCCCCCGCAAUACGUAGACGAUCACUUUAUCUAAAAAAUGUAAUAUUAUUUUGUUUUUUUUCUGGUGUCGUAUGUCAUCUACAAUGCAUGACAUCUUUUGUAACAAGUUGUUUUGCAAAAUAAGGGACGGGCCAUUAGAAAUGCCGUAUGGGGGCGAUGGCAGAAUAAUUGUGCAAAAUAUUCUUUCCUUUACCCAGUUUCGUACUGAUUCCUUUUUUCCCCAUGAUGAAUUUGGUGUAUUUUUUUAUUUCAACCAUGUGUGACAUAUUUUCCCUAAGGAUUAUGCGUGUAGUUUUUUUUCUGUUAUAUUUGUUAUUUUUCCUGUACAUUCUUUUCAAUUGUACCUUCGCCUUGAGAAUGAUAAACCCCUAAAGGCAAUUAUGUGUGCCCACGUGACAAAGAUGUCUUGAUUCAAAAUUAUGUCAGUGUGCGUGUCUAUUACGUAAUAUAACUUAAAUUGACCACAUCAAGCUGUCGAUGUCGUCAGUGCACACGUCAGGUCUAUCUUGGAUUUUUAUUUCUUAUUCAAGUCAUUCGAUUAAUUACUAUAACACAUGGUUUUACUGCAUGAUUGAGUGUGUAUUUGUCGGUGUUUUUAGGACUUCAUGUUUUCUGCAUCUAAGCCAUAUUUGUAAACGAUUUUUGAAGCCCUGUAAGACAUUCUCUGAGUAAGAAGGCAAUAUUUUACUUGAUAAAUCAUUGCGAUACCAAUAUUUAUAUCUAACUGUAUGACCUAUAUGUAUAUAUAUUUUAAAACUGACCUUUGUAUUUCUACAUAACUUGUUACUAAAAUCAUAAAGUCAA